GCAGUUGGGGGAGCAGACGGCGCCGACGGAGCCGAGCUGAGCUGCAGAUGCGGUCCGAGCGCCAGCUCCGCGAGGACUGACAGCACAGGAAGGAAGCCCGAGCCAUGGAUUCACCAGAAAGGUGUUCCUGUAAUGCUUUGGGCUGAGGGGGAGAGCAGUUCAGGAGGAGAUGGGCUGCACCUCUGCCAAGCAGGCGUUAUCUGUUCCCAGCGAUGAGGAGGGCCAGAGCAAAGCCCAAAGCAACGGGGACCUCGUCUCUGAUGAGCACAAGAUGAGAGGAGUGGAGAAAGACAAGUACAUCAGUGGAGAGGAGGCAGGAGGGGACAGCCCUGACGGCACAGAGAAAAGUGCUCUCCUAGGAGUAGGACAACAUGCCAACGAAUCAGGAUCAAACGGGAAGGUUCUGAGCAUCCACUCCUCAGAGAGCCAGCAGGAAUUCUUCCGAAUGUUAGAUGAGAAGAUUGAGAAGGGCCGGGACUACUGCUCAGAGGAAGAGGAUCUGACAUAGCCCUGCGGUCCUGCUUCCGACCAGAUGGAAGACGCCAUGGACUCCGCGUGAUCUCGUUUUUAAUUCAGCUCUGUAUGAGAGGAAUCGGUCUCCAUCCUGAAGCCGGGACGUUUUCUUUCCAAUACCCACAACCUGAGAGUCCAAUCAGCUCCGUCAUGAUUCCAGCUGCAAGCAGCGUGUGGCGUCUCCAACGGGAGGAAGACGAAGCCAUCAGAGGGACCCGGAGCCAGACCCCGCUGAAACAUGAACUAAAACUUAUCAGACUGCCAUGUGUACACGUCUACUCGUGUGGACCUGUGGCAGAGUUGCAUCGUUUGGACAUAGCGCCUCCCCCUCUAGGCUCGGGGUGGGGGAAUCCACCCUCCCAGAAGCAGUAUGAACUGGUUUUCCACAGCGUUUGGGCCAUCAGCGUGUCCGCCUGUCCGCGCCCGUUUCCGUUCAGAUGUAUCUACGUCUUAAACAAGGCUCAGGGUUAAAGUGUUGAAGCGUAACAGUCUCUCCCAUGUAGUCCGGUCCUCCCGCUCACCGAGACACGUCUGCACCGUAUAAUGUACCCAUGCACCAGUUAGUCAUGUUUCCUGCUUCCGUUUCUGUUCCACGUUAAGGACAACGUGCACGCUGCAGCAGCACAGAGCUCUGUCCAUGUAUGUCAGUCACCAGUGUUAUAUCUUUGUGUCAUCGUUACGUCUACUCUUGGGUUGUU